CUGGCGCCCAACGUGGGGCCUAUUGAAAAGCCCUCAGUGUUACACUGGCGCCCGAACGUCUGGCCUAUUGAAAGGGCCUCUCUGUAUUACACUGGCGCCCGAACGUCUGGCCUAUUAAAGGACUACCACGACGAACUUAUGAGUAGUAGGGAAGAGUUCUUUGACACAAGUGAAGAGCACAAUACGACGAGGCAAAGUCUCGGCAACGUUGUCACUAAGUACGGAAGAGUUACUACGACAAAGAAGAUACACCCCUUGACCGAUCAACUAACCAAAUGA